ACUUCACAAGCAAAUCUCAAACAAACCAUCACAUUUACAGAGAGAGUGAGAGAGAGAGAGAGAGGAUGGCGGGUCUGAACAAGAAGGCAAUGAUGAAGGUGGGUCUGGUUCUGUUCCUGAUGGCCUUCACUGCAACUGUGGAGGCUCGCUUCGAUGCAGACAACUUCCUGGCUCAGGUGAUGAAUGAGAGUGGCGAACCCAACUACUUCAUCAAAUCCACCACCACUGCCUGCUGUGACAAGUGCAUCUGCACUAAGUCAAUCCCUCCUCAGUGCCAUUGCAGAGACGUCGGAGAAACCUGCCACUCUGCUUGCAAGGCCUGUAUCUGCACGCGCUCAUAUCCUCCACAGUGUCGCUGUGCUGACACUACCAGCUUCUGCUAUGAUAAAUGCUCCUCUUCUGCUUAAUUCUGUAAUGCUACAUAUGUAUGAACCGCCCAGCCUACUGCUACUGCUUUAGACUUUGUUUCUCUCUAUGUCAACUCUAUCUCAUCCAAUAAACUAUCUUGUGCCUUGUUUCCGGUUUGCACUUUUGCAAACUGGCUGCUUGCAAGGUCUUGAUCCUCUUCUAUCAUCCAA